AUGUUGAGAACGUCGUUUUUGAGAUCAGUGUCAGCAAGACAAAGUCCUAUGAUAUUAAAGCUAGGAACAAGGUCUAUUGCUACUAGUUUUUAUGAUUUAAAACCUGUUGAUAAAGAUGGUAGAGAAGUACCAUUUAGUGAGUUUAAAGAUAAACCUUUGUUAAUUGUGAAUGUUGCUUCAAAAUGUGGUUUCACUAAACAAUACACAGAUUUACAAAAAUUGUAUGAUGAAUAUAAAAAAUAUGGAUUCACUAUUAUUGGAUUUCCUUGUAAUCAAUUUAAGAAUCAAGAACCUGGUUCCGAUGAAGAAAUUGCACAUUUUGUAGAGACUAAAUAUGGGAUUACUUUCCCAAUAUUAAAGAAAAUUGAUGUCAAUGGUCAAAAUACUGAUGAAGUUUACAAAUUCUUAAAAUCAAAGACUGAAGAUCAAGGUGAUAUCAAAUGGAAUUUUGAAAAAUUCUUAAUUAAUAAAAAAGGUGAAGUUGCUUUACGUGUUGAAUCUAAAAUUACACCUUUUGAAUUGGAGCCCAAGUUGAAGGAGUUACUUGAAAUUGAUUAG